AAGCAAUAAAUUUAAAUCAAAUUUCUUCUGCUGAAAUUUCUGAACUGCAAAAUUCAAUUGAUGCAUUAAACCUGAAAGAUCCAAUCACUGCAGAACGUUUUAUUUGCAUUGAUGAUAAAGCACCAAUGCAAGUACUAACAGAUGAAGAAAUUAUUAGAGCAGUAGAGCCAAAUCCUGAGGUUGACAAUUGA